GGCCGCCCUCGGUCGGCGGGGCGAGGCUCCCGGCCCGGACGGUAGGCGGGCCCCCCGGCCGCGGGGAAGGGGGCUGGUGGGCCUUCCGUCCCGUCCCCCCACCCGCCUUUCCUAUUUGGGGGACCCUCCGCUCCUCCUCCUCCUCCCGGAUCGGCGCUGGGCACAGCGCUCUGCGCAGAGUGGGCGCCUCCCCCGUCGCCGCCCGGUUGUUGUUACCAGCGGACCAUCCCGCCUUUCCCGUUAGCCGCCCGGCGGGGGACGGGCCGCCGUCGGGGGGAGGGGGUGGGAAAAGGGGGGACCCCCCGCCCCCCUCUCCCCCCAUCCCCUGCCCAGCCGUGGUAGCCCCUUCCCGGCGACCGUGCCCACCGUCGGGGCGGGCCGAGGGUCCCCCCCAGCGCGACGCCCAGGCCCCGACCAUGGUGGUCUUCAACGGGCAGCUGAAGAUCAGGGUGUGCGAGGCGGCCAGCCUGCGGCCCACCGCCUGGUCCCUGCGGCACGCCGUGGGCCCCCGGCCCCAGACCUUCCUGCUGGACCCCUACAUCGCCCUCAACGUGGACGACUCCCGCAUCGGCCAGACGGCCACCCGCCAGAAGACCAACAGCCCCGCCUGGCACGACGAGUUCGUCGCCGACGUCUGCAACGGGCGCAAGAUCGAGCUGGCCGUCUUCCACGACGCUCCCAUCGGCUACGACGACUUUGUGGCCAACUGCACCAUCCAGUUCGAGGACCUGCUGCAGAACGGGAGCGGGCACUUCGAGGACUGGAUCGAUCUGGAGCCCGAGGGAAGACUGUUUGUGAUCAUCGACCUCUCCGACUCGUCCGGUGAAGCCCCCGCGAAGGACAAUGAAGAGCGGGUCUUCCGAGAGCGGCUGCGGCCCAGGAAGCGUCAGGGAGCCGUCCGCCGCAGGGUCCACCAGGUCAACGGACACAAGUUCAUGGCCACCUACCUGCGCCAACCCACCUACUGCUCCCACUGCCGGGAUUUCAUCUGGGGCGUCAUAGGAAAGCAGGGUUACCAGUGCCAAGUCUGCACCUGUGUCGUCCACAAGCGUUGCCACGAGCUCAUCAUAACCAAGUGUGCCGGCCUGAAGAAGCAGGAAACGCACGAUGAGGUAGGGUCCCAGCGGUUCAGCGUCAACCUGCCGCACAAGUUCAGCAUCCACAACUACAAGGUGCCCACCUUCUGCGACCACUGCGGCUCGCUCCUCUGGGGCCUCCUGAGGCAGGGCCUCCAGUGCAAAGUGUGCAAGAUGAACGUCCACCGCCGCUGCGAGACCAACGUGGCCCCCAACUGCGGGGUGGACGCCCGGGGCAUCGCCAAAGUCCUGGCCGACCUGGGCGUCACGCCGGACAAGAUCACCAACAGUGGCCAGCGGAGGAAAAAGCUGAUGGCCGGAGCGGAGUCGCCGCAGGCCGUGGCCGGGAACUCGCUUUCCGAAGACGACCGCUCCAAGUCGGCGCCCACGUCUCCCUGCGACCAGGAGCUGACGGAACUGGAGAACAACAUCAGGAAGGCUCUGUCGUUCGACAACCGCGGCGAGGAGCAGGCCCGGCCGGCGGGGGCCGGGGCGGCGGGGGACGGACCCCCGGGACAGAACGGGGACAGCGGCGGGCCCUGGCAGGCCCAGGCCAAGCGCGUGGGCCUGGAAGAGUUCAACUUCAUCAAGGUCCUGGGCAAGGGCAGCUUCGGCAAGGUGAUGCUGGCGGAGCUGAAGGGGAAGGACGAGGUGUACGCGGUGAAGGUGCUGAAGAAGGACGUCAUCCUCCAGGACGACGACGUGGACUGCACCAUGACGGAGAAGCGCAUCCUGGCCCUGGCGCGGAAGCACCCGUACCUCACCCAGCUCUACUGCUGCUUCCAGACCAAGGACCGGCUCUUCUUCGUCAUGGAGUACGUCAACGGGGGCGACCUGAUGUUUCAGAUCCAGCGCUCCCGCAAGUUCGACGAACCCCGCUCCCGCUUCUACGCCGCCGAAGUCACGUCGGCCCUCAUGUUCCUCCACCAGCACGGCGUCAUCUACAGGGAUUUGAAACUGGACAACAUCCUCUUGGACGCGGAGGGUCACUGCAAGCUGGCCGACUUCGGCAUGUGCAAAGAAGGGAUCCUGAAUGGCGUCACCACCACCACCUUCUGCGGAACGCCCGACUACAUCGCCCCGGAGAUCUUGCAGGAGCUGGAGUACGGCCCGUCGGUGGACUGGUGGGCCCUGGGCGUGCUCAUGUACGAGAUGAUGGCCGGACAGCCCCCCUUCGAGGCGGACAACGAGGACGACCUCUUCGAGUCCAUCCUCCACGACGACGUCCUCUACCCGGUCUGGCUGAGCAAGGAGGCCGUCAGCAUCCUCAAAGCCUUCAUGACCAAGAACCCCAACAAGCGGCUGGGCUGCGUGGCCGCCCAGAGCGGUGAGGAGGCCAUCCGACAGCAUCCCUUCUUCAAGGACAUCGACUGGGCCCAGCUGGAGCAGAGGAAGGUCAAGCCACCCUUCAAACCGCGCAUCAAAACCAAGCGGGACGUGAACAACUUUGACCAGGACUUCACCCGCGAAGACCCCGUCCUCACGCUGGUGGACGAAGCCAUCGUGAAGCAGAUCAACCAGGAGGAAUUCAAAGGCUUCUCCUACUUCGGGGAGGACACGCUCCCGUGAAAGGCCGGCCGGCCGGCGGGGUCCACCCGGGUCGGGGGGCGCGCAGG